UGCUAUCCAAAAAUCUGCCCGGUUGCUCCCACUAUCUUUCGAGUCCUCCGAGUCUUCUAGUUUCAAGUAAGUCUUCUUUCUUUUCCUCAUCUCUCUAAGUCAUGUCUGACCACGAGGAUAGCCAGAACCCUUCCAUCCAUUCUUACGGUUCUAGUGCCCGGUCUCAGACCUCCAGUCCCCAAUCCUACUCUUCUUUUGAGCGCCCAACUGCUUCUCCACAGAAGAAGCCGGUUGAUGCUUCUACUUGUGCCCCUUCUUCUUCCGCGGCACAAGUGGUCUCGGGCGCCCGGUCUGUGGAUGAGGGCUUCACUCUGUUGGAUGACCGGUUGCUCUUGGAGCAGCCGUCGUACAUGCAGAAGGCUCAAGUCCACGAGCUGCGCAACCUAAUGCCCGAUGGUUACCAGUUGUUCUACCGGGCAACGUGGAAGAAUAUUAUUUCUCUCCACGCCGGUACGACGAUUGGGAUCCAUUAUCAUUCCAUCAAGGACUUGGGUGAAUUCUCCAUUCAUCCCUUCAAAGUCCUUUUCUUUGAGACAUACGGGAUCAUGCCCGGGCAGUUAGCCCUUAAUGGUCACCGUAUGCUCAACAGUUUCAUCAACGUCUGUCGCUUCCUUCGCAUCCCUCUCUCCCUUCGUCUCUUCAACCAUAUGUUCGAUGUCCGGCCCGGGUCCAAGGAAACCCUUGGAUUCAUGAUCGUGUCCUCUCAUCAGGGCCGGGCAUUCCUUUCCGGUCUACCUCCUUCCAACCGGGGUUGGAAGGACAAAUAUGUUUCUAUCAAAUUCCCCCCGGAUGCUUUCUCUUUUUCCCAAAAUGCUUGGGGGAAAAGAAUGAAAGUCCAGGUCAAGCCCAGGGAGACUGAUGACCUGGCCGCCUGGGAAGCCGCUCUCCGGAUCUGGGACACCUCCACCCGCGGUCUUUAUAAUGUCGGGAAGUGGGGGGUCUACCUGGGUCUGGAGACUAACCCCAAACAUGAGAUUGUUCUAGGAGAGGCGAUCCCAGAUGCAAUCCCUCUCCGCCGCGUGCAAGGGUCAAAGGCCCCGGUCUCUGCCGUUGCCGGUUCCUCAUGCCGGGGAAAGAAGAAGGAGAAAGGUCCCCCUUACCUUUCCUCUAUUUUAUUCUGUUUUGUCGGCCGGAUCGGCCAGGAGUGGUUCACCCGGCUAGUCAAAUCCAAGGAUGAGGAGAAGGCCCGGCUGGAGGGCAUGAUGGUGGCCUGCCGGAAGGAGGCCAAGGCCACCCAUGAGAAGGCGGAGAAAACUGAAGAGAAGUUGCCGGAGCACUAUGUAGCUUUCUGCAAGCUCUACGCCAAACAUGAGGGGUUGCUGAAGGCCUCCAAAGAGGUUGAUGCUCAAGCUCAAGAGAAGAUCCAAGAGCUUGAGGGGGAGAAGGCAAAGCUGCAGAAGGAAGCCGCCCGGUCAGCUCAGGAGGUUGCCUAGCUGAGGGCGGAGUUGGAAAGAGAAAGAAGCGACCGAGCUUCCUAUGCUGCGGCCUGGGCAGCCCAAGAGCCUGAUCAGUUCGAUGCCCGAACGAUUCUUGAUCGGGAGACCGGCAUCCAGUUCUUCCAAGGUUGUUGGAAAACAUUUUCACUUUGACAUUUUGCUGAUGACAAUGUUUGUUUCCAUUUAGGUUUUGAUAUUGACAAACCGUCGGGAACAUGGAACAAAAUGAAAAGAUUCAAAGAGAUAGAAAAAGUUCUUUGAAGAAACAAAAAGCACAAGGCUAU